GUUCAGUUUAUCCGUUCUACCCGUGGAACAAACAUGAUUUCAAAUGGGAACGGUGCAAAAGUGUAAAUAAACAAGGAAUUUAGUGAUUAUUCUCAAUUACCUUUAAUUCCGUUGAUUAUUUGAGAAAAGGAAUGCAGCAUCCGAAAUAAAGGCGAUAUCAUCACUUUUCCAGUGAUUAGAUGGCUUCUGGAUCUAAAGAUGACGAGGAGGCAAUUUCCACGCAUGUUUUGGAGUAUUAUCAGCGGUUUUCCAGAAAUAGACACUUACCGAGGUACUUCAGUGGCAGCUCGGUGUCUUACCUGCCAGAGAUCAGAGGAGAGAGCGAUAGCGAACAUGAGCUACGGGAGAACCCCCUGAUAGUAAUCUCGUGUGCUGAAAAAGGCGAAACCUCCCGGGCAAGCAGUGACUUGUCUAAUAAAAAGCUCGAAUGGGACAAUGGAGCUGACAUAGGCUACGAAAACUGUGAAGCAACUAAAUUGAAGAGGACUUCCUCAUUGCCUGCCCUGCUGGACAUUCCUAAGUCACCUCAUGUUUCGUUUGACACAGAUCAAAGCUCUUCCAGCGGGUCUGAGCUCAAAAUUAUAAUUGUUGAAUCUUCAUCUGAAAACAAUGCAGGAAAGCCAAAAAGCAGUACAUCUUCACUAUGUGAGGAGGAGAAGAAGCUGUUAUCAUCAUCUUCAUCUGCAUCAAACAUAGAGAAAAAGGUUCAUCCUAGUUCGAGUUCAGGUUCAAGCAAACAGGAUGAAAAACUAGUUCCUGCAUCAUCUUCACACACGACCUCUAGUAGUACAAGAAACAUACUAGACUUCAUGGGCACGCUGUCAUACUUGAAACAAAAAAUAGGUUUACCAGAUGCCCAUUCUACUCCACAUGAAGAUAGUGCGCAGAAAAACUUGCUUGCUCAGUAUUUACAAACACCCAUUCUUCCAAACACUAAAAAACCUGUUCGACGACUUUCAGAACAAGUUGAGGCACUGAAAAACGAUGAGUUUAAAGAUAGCAAAACAACUGUUAACUCAAAUCAAAAGGUGGAAGUUAUGAAAAAUGAGGAGCUUGAAGAUAGUAAGACAGUUACCAAGCCCAGCCAAAAGGUGGUAACGCUUUGCCUGACAAAACCCAUCAGCGUAGAGUGUACUGGUGAACAGAAAACAAAAUCAGAAAAGGCCGCGACUGUUAAACAAUCCACUGUCGCUAUACAAACCGAUGAAAUAUCUGAAAAAGAGCUGAUAAAAAUAAUAGCAAGAAGCCAAAACAGCUUGAAUCAGUCUGUUUUGUAUUACAAACAUGCUGAUAACAAAAAUGAGAGUAGCAGUCAAACAGGUUCCAAUGUAAUGGGGUCAAACUGUGACAGUUUUGAGUAUAUAUCUGGAAGAAAUGCAUCCCCAAAAAACAACGAUAGCUCAGAGGGAGAUGUGGAAUCUGAAAAACUGUAUGUGGAUGUCAAAAAAAGUGCCGGCCAACACAAAUUAGAAACGCUAAAUGCUAGCAGUGAUUCUCAAAGUUCAGAAAAUUGUUUGGGUAAUGAAGAGGUAGAGAAAAGUAUUCAUCUGUUACAAAAGUUGAUCAAAUCAAAGAAGUAUGAUCCAGCUACAAAGAAACGAUAUAUAAAAAAACUCAUAAAGAAGAUUUCAGAGUCUAAGUUCAUGGAAGAAUCUAGCACUAGCUCUGAUCUGUUCUACCCAAAAAAAUCUGAAAUACCUAAAAAUCUUCAGCAAAACACACCUAGUACUGAAACAUCAUCUGAACCUCUUCAAAAACCUUCCUUACAUCCCACUGAUUUUUCUUGGAUUCCCGCUAGCAAGCCUCCAUCGUUAUCUCCAAGAAAAAAGUCAUCAGAUACAGACGUUUUCCACCAAAAGAAUCUAAAAUCUUCACCAAGGGAAAAGCAAUCACAAGCAAACAUAUUUCAUCAAGAGAAAAAGAGGCCUUCAAAAUCAGACGUUUGUUAUCAGGACGUCCAUGUAACAGAAAAUCUCACCAGCCCAACUGAAAUAAUACCGGUAGACGCCAGAGAUAUGCGCAAAAAUCUUUUCACGCUGACUAAUAAUGAAUUUUCUGUAAAUAAAGAUACCGAAUCAAGCAAAUCUAAGAGCAGUGACAACGCGAGUUUGGAGAAAAACUACCAAUCAGCUUCAAGUCUGAAAUCGUACCAAGACUGGAAAGAUGACAAGACGGUUUCUGAAAAAAUGUUUGAAGCAGAAAGAUUUGCGGGAGACGGUGACUAUUUGACAAACUGGGCUUCAAAAGAAAGAGCAUACCAAAUUAACUGGAUUAACAAUGAAAUUUCGCAUUUGGGGAAAUUGAAAAAUUUGCUGGAAAAUAUCCCCAACGAACCCGAGCAAUCUGGGACUAGCAGUGGAAGUAGGAGCAGUGCAUCGCACAAAACUACCUCAGUGUAUCGGGUAUCGGAGCAAAAUGUACCUCCAGGUGAACGAAAGCCUAAAAAAUACGUGAUACAAACGCAGUUUGGUCCAAAAGAUGGAGAACCUAGAGGAUAUAUGUUAGAUGGCAAAAAAUACAUUGUUGAAGAAGAUAAUAUGGCGUCUAGACCUAGACAAGUACUUGGAGAUAUAGAAAUUGUAUCUAGCGAUACCACAAUGAAUAUUAAAGUGACAACAUUUUGUGAAACUUGCAAAAAGUCACCUUGCAUAUGCAAUGUGGAAUCUCAGGCUAAAGUAUUUGUAGCUGAAACUGGCAAAGAGACUCGAGAUGCGCAAAGCUCCGAAAUAUGUAUAACUUGUCAUAAGUCGCCUUGUGUCUGUCCAAAAAAUACUGGUGCGAUUCGAAAGAAAUGUUCGGAAUGUAACUUGUAUCCUUGUGGCUGCGUGAUUCGUAAAGAUUCGUAUUUUGGAGAGUUUAUACCUGCUAAAUCACCUGGACCUUCUACUUCGUCCAAAAUAUGUCCAAAGUACAAAGAAUCUGCAGAACAGUACAACUCUUUAAAAAGAGUUUUCGAAAAUUGCUCAUGUACCUCUACAGAAGGCACAUGCGCUUUUGUACAGAAACUGGUUAAACAUUUUGACGUUGGCCAAACCAUACCAAUUCAGUGCUCGUUUGGACCAAAAUACAUAUGCAAAAAUGCAACAAUGCAAGCUCAGGUUGAGGUGCGAUCAGGCGGAGACAAACAGUUGCAAACUGACAAGAAAGUACAUUUUUCACAAGCGAGGUCUCAACGUGACAUGUCGUUUGAAAUUGAUAAUAGACAAGUUGACAGUAAGAGCAACCAAACAAAUCGACGAGAACUUGGUGAUCAGGAUGAAGCAACUGCUACAAACACUGUGGACCUAGUAGAAAACGUUGCCCAAACGAACGUAAUUCAGAGCAAGUCGCGAGCAAUUCAAAGUGAACAAGCCAAAAUCAUUGAAACCAAGACACAAACUGAUAGUAGCGCAUUCAAUUUAAAAGAUGAAGCUUCCAAUACGUUUCCUCAAGCAGCACAUCAGCAAACUGGUUCUCAGACUGAACCAACUAACGUUAAAAAUCAAGCAACCGGUGGUGAAGUUAAGGCUAUGAUGCAUAGAGGUAUAGACGCUCCAAGAAGACCUGAAUACCAUCAUGUGGACAUCCAACAUGGUUGUGAAAAGGCAGAUCAAGAAACAAUGGCUUGUGCUCCAGAAAAUCUCAGUUACGAACUGGUAGUAGUUGAGCCGUUACCAGUGUACACGCCGCCUGUCUUGAGAGAGGUUUCAGAUGAGGCCGUCAAUACAACACCAAGAGAAAAUGUGGAUAAAGGUACCCAAUCCGAUGCUAAGCAAACUUUAGAACGCGUUGUGAGCAAUGUCAGAGACGCUGGGGUAAAUAAUAAUGGCCAAAUACAUCGCUCUAAGGCUACUAUAGCUUACCAGUUUCCAGAAUCGGAGAAGAGAAGCAAGAAUCAAGCUGUUAAUGUUCUUCAAGAUGUCGAUGCAAGGGAGAGUCAAACUGAUCGCGCAGAACGGGAUAUUCAAAUUCAAACGCAGACGAAAGAUGCGGUUAAAGCUACCCAAACAGGAAGUCAAAACCAGAGAGUUGCUCAAACAACUCAGAUCCCGCAGGAGCACCAGCAAGGUGUUCAAGUUCAGAUAUUAAAGGAAAACGCAAUGAAAAAUACUCAGGGAGUUCAAGUAAGUCGUGACCAAGAUCAAGGUACGCAAGUCAACGUACUUACACCUAAAGGUUCUUAUGCAGAUUUUAUAGAGCCAAAAGUUCCUCAAUCUGCACAAACACCACAAGUGCAAAAUGAUGGGUCUCAAGCCUCGUACAUAGAUCAGAGGGCCAGUCAUUCAGUUCAAGCGCCUCAUGUCCAUGGACUCAAUACUCAAGCAACAUAUAGAUAUCACAGGACCACACGUUCAGUUCAAGAUGUUGAUGUUCAAACGCGACCGCGCCAAGGUUCUUUGGACAAAUCUUCCCAAGGUGUAGUCGGAGAUCAAGGAAGCUCUUUCAUACAGAUUCCAGUAUUUAGAGAUAGUGUUACGAGGACCAUACAAACUAAGGUAGAAGAACAAUAUGCUCAUACCCAAACGCAAAACAUGUUACAUAUUUCAGUUAAAGCAACUCAACCUAGUGAACGUUAUCAACAGGAAGCUCAAAGUCAAACUGUAGGAGUUAGAGAUCCAGCAAACAAAGCUGUACAGGCGGAGAGGUAUGAAACUAUUGGUCAGAGUCAGACAGAAAAGCUUAGAGUUUCAAGUAUUGCGGUUCAGCCUCUGCACGAUUUGCAAAAAGUUGGCGGAACCCAAACGGUAGGUACCAGAGGGUCAGCGAGCAAGGUUGUGCAAGUUGGUGAAACUCAGGCUGGAGUACCAAAGUUUUCAGCAAGUACCGGUGCCCACCGUUUUGAAAAAGAUGGUCAAACUCAAACUAGUAGUUUAGGUCAUCCAGUUGAUGGAGGCAUUCGAGGUGCAAGACAGUAUCAGACUCAAACAAGUGAAGAUGGAAAAACAUCUCGCAAAGUAGCUCAAGCUUUGGCUGGACAAAAGUCAGUGGAUACCCAAACUCAACCAAAAGGUGGGUCGAUGAAAGAGAUAGAACUAACUACAUAUACAGACGUGAAAGUUCAAGCUAAUACAUAUCCUAGAUCGACAAGUGGAAAAAAAAUCAAAUUCGUCGGAUCUGAUUCUGAAGUAAGCAAACUUCAAAGCAGUUUGAAAGGUGUGGGUUGCAUGUGCGCCUGUCGUACGCAGAGAGUGCGAAAAACGUCAAGUGAGGGUUCCGAACAGGCUACGAGGCGUGUCAAGACCAUGAAGAAUAAGCGAAUAGAAACGGAUAGAGAGAGAGGUAGAGUGAAGAUUUUGGAUGAAAGAGCAUCUGAGCCUGAGACAGCUGGAAGGAAAAGAGCUACUAUGAAAAGCAAGAGCGUGGAAACUGAGAAACGGACGAUUGGGACUUGUAGAUGUGGAUUCACGGAUAGGGUGUACCUCGAGGAUGAGGCUGCACAGAAGAGGAAGACUGACAAUCCAGAUGAAAGUUCGUACAGACAUUAUAGCGCUUCUUCUAAUGGUACCACAGAAACUACUACAACGUCGACUCCUCGUUCCUAUACUAUACCUCCAUCCUUACUGACCUGCAUCUGCUGUGAUAGGCGCACCACAUCUGAUAAUGUCUCUGUCUUCACCAAUAACAGCAGGGAGUAUUUCCUGUGUUGCCAUUGCGUGAAAAAAAGGCCAAUAUUGACCUCGAUCUGUUACAGUGGGCCUGACAAGCAGUCGCUGUCAAGUUCUACGCCAGGACCAUCCAGCACGCUUACCAGAACUGAGUCUGCUGGAGAUUUUUGUACAUGCACGAAGCCUUAUAGGUCUAAACAUUCCGAUUACUGCUCACAUUGUAGAAAUAGACUUCGGAAAACCUCGAAAGCUAAGGGUGGAAUAGCCUAUACUUUGACCUUGGAAUGCGAGCCUCCCGAUAAAUUCAAAGUCAAAAAAAGGAGAAAAAAGCCCCUGGAAGAGAUCAGAGUUAAAGUUCCUUGUCCGUACAAUAAGAAAAAGUUCAAAGAUAGAGAAAAUCUCCAGAGAAAAAGUAGUUUCGAUACGAAGGCAGUGAUAAGUAGUGACAAAACGGAUUCGCCUGAUACGAAUAAAUCUGGGAACACGAAUUCGAAUAUUACAGAAUCUAGAACCACGAAUGGCACUUUUAAGAGAGAUAGUAGUACGGGUGAUUCUCAGGAUAAGCCAAGUAAACCGUCGUCGCUGCAGGAAUAUUUGAAACUGAAUAGGCCUGAUUUUAUAAAUUCGGCGGAGUACAGAAGAAACGUUGUGAAUAACGCAAAGGUGGACAGGAUAAAGGAUAAAGAUGAGAUCAAAUUGAGGUUCUUCGAAGAAAAUAUGCAUACCACUGAUCCUAACAUAAAAACGAGGCUGUUUUCGGAAAGAGAGAUGAAGGAAAUUACUAAAAGGAAUUAUAAAAAGUUACCCGAAGUGAAGCAAAAAGCAGUGCAUUACAAAGAACUAAAACUUAAGAAUGCUGACAGGUUUAUCAGAGACAUGAUGGCAAAGAAAAUUCAAGGAUCCGUGCUGAAAGGCAAAAGAAACUUCCCUAUAGAUAGACAUGUUAUCAACUUGAAAAAGUAAUCGUUAUGUUAAGCUUACACUAUUCUAGUUGCAGACCAAAACAUUGUGUGUUGUGAAAGCCAUUUUAAUAAAAAUUUUAUACAAUAUAUUUAUUUACAUAAA